AUGUCUGUUUAUCGUCAAAUAGCAACAGCAUUAUGUCUAGUUGGUAUUGGUCUUUCAUUAUAUGCAUUCUAUGUUGAAACACGUAAAAUAAGUGAUCCAACUUAUCGAGCUGCCUGUGAUAUCAAUGAACGUAUGAGUUGCUCACGUGUAUUAACAUCUCGAUGGGGUCGAGGUUUUGGUUUAUUUAAAUCUGAUUCAGUAUUUAAUAUACCAGAUUCAUUAUUUGCUGUGAUUUAUUAUUGUUUAUCGAUAAUUCUUAAUCGAUCAUAUGCAUCAAAAACAAUAGCUCGUUUACGUGUUUUUUUAUCAAUAAUAACUAAUCUUGGCUCAAUUUAUCUUGGUUAUAUACUUUAUUUUGUUUUACAUGAUAUAUGUGUUGUCUGUUGUGGAAUGUAUGUACUUAAUUUUAUCAUAUUUAUUUGUAAUUUGAAAUUAUUAACAAUGACAAAUGCAAGCAAACAUAAGCAGAAGAAACAAUAG